AAGCUCAUAAUCAAUCAAGCCGCGCCAUGUCGUGUUGUGAGUGUGCAGACCGGGAGGACGCAGCCCGGGGGAGCAUCCUGUACAGCAUCCUGAACAGAGGCGCCCGGUGCCCGCAGGGACUCGCGGAGACGGCCGCUGCGCACCAGCUCUGCUCCUGCUCGUCCAAAAGGAAACUGGUGGCGCUCCGGGCUCCGAGGUUAGUUUUCAAAGCGGCUUCGGAGGUGCUCGUGAAAACUUUCAGAUUUGUGAAAAAUGUCCCGUGUUUUCGGGGUUUGCCGGCGGAAGACCAGCUACGGCUUGUGCGCAACAGCUGGGCGCCGCUGCUGGUUUUGGGCAUGGUGCAGGACUCGGUGGACUUCGACACGGUGGAGACGCAGCAGCCGAGUCUGUUGCACACGAUUUUGACGCACAGCAGAGAGCGGCAGCAGUGGAUUCAAGACCCGGGGGUGCCCGUGAGUGACGCAGAGGGGAUCAAAAGGUUUCUGGUCCGGUGUAGAGGACUCCGGAUCAGCGUCAAAGAAUACGCGUUUCUGAAGGGAGCGAUACUGUUCACCCCGGAGGUGACAGAGUUGGAGUGUCGCGACUACAUCCAGGCGCUUCACAGAGAGGCUGAGCGCGCGCUGUACGAGCACGUGAGAACGGUGCACCGGGGUAGAGCGGGUCGCUUCGGCAGACUGCGCCAAGUCCUCAACGCGCUGCGCUCCAUGGACCCGGACGCGGUGGCGGGACUGUUCUUCAGACCCGUGACUGGGACGCGCAGCAUAGAUGAACACGUGCUCGGGAUGUUUUAUGAGCGACAGAACCCAAAAUGAAGGAAGAGUAUGGAAAGCCAGAUAGUUGACGUCGUUUACGCAUUGAUUACGCAUUGGUUACGCAUUGGAAGUCACGUAUAUUUGAAUUAGCCGGCUUUCCAUAGAGACAUUUGGGACUGAAUGUCAUGUAUUUAAACGUGUGUCUUCUUCUUUUCAAUUUAAAGAACUUGUUGUCGCCUGCACAUUAUGAAUCCUGCUGCACAUCAUGACUUUUUGUAAGGACUCACACACACACACUGACUGACCACGAUCACUUCAAACCUCUGUGCCGUUACCUUCUGCCAUAUUCCAAUCCUCAUGUGUGACAAAAGCUGUAACGCAAACAUCUGUUUAAACACUAGGACCUCGCAGUCCAGCUCCAAACAUCCGUCAAUACUCUCAACAAACUUUCAGCAUCCCAUGACGACGAGACAACCACAGCAAACAGAGCAAAGCAUGAGCACAGGAGCACUGCUGCUACUCAUUGCCCACUUUGAAAGCAGACUUUAAAUUCUGUAUCUGAGCUCACAUACACUCUUCAUCACACCUCCGAUAGCUGCUAGACGAGACAGACCGGUGGGUUUGGUCUCUGUUCUUCAGUAAGGGCCUCCUUUCAUUAAUAUCAUCAGGAGCCCCCGCUGACCUGUUUCUUUUCUUCCUCCUGCUCCCAGGUGCCGGAGGAUGCCGCUACCUGGGAAAUAGCUGAAUCAAACCACAUGAAAUGAUACUGCAGAUUACCCCCCACCUCAUCCCUCCACCCACUGUGUGUUCAUAACAAAUUAACUUUUCAUGCUGAAUCACCUCCCAUGACGCACACUUAUUUCCCAUCUUUGUCUUAACUUGGAGAUGUGAUUAGGACGGGAUGCUCUGUGCCCAACCACCACAUCACUGCUUCUGUUUCCCACAUUUCUAAAGGCUGUUGUUAACAUUAUGUGACCGCUAAAACAUCUGAAUAAAGGGAUGUUAUACAGAAACGCCGCAGCAUUGUAAACCGCUUCACAUUUCAUGCGCUUCUCCACUGGAAGCUUUUUCAAUCUUUCCCUCAAGGCUACCAGCUCUGCAUUGUUAAAAGUCAGGUAUCAAAGUCUGAAAGUUAACAACUCCACAUUUUCUGCUGCUUAUGACAAUGAGCAAAUGCUGAGCACAGCUUCUGAGCUUGUUCGCUCAGGGCUUUUCUUUCCUCUGGAUGCAGCCUUUCAAGGCAGCAAUAGACAUUUAAGCUCAGCCUUGAGU